CACCACACUCCUAUCUUCUGACCUCACAGCAUCAACUCCAUUACACCCUUCACUUUCUUCCGCCAACCAAACACUCCGAUUCUCUCCCCAGAUCACAGCCGUCUGGCCACAAAAUCCAAUGGCUUCGGCCGUCUCUACAAUUGGAGCUACUGUCAACCGCGCUCCGCUGAGCUUGAAUGGCUCAAAUGCUGGAUCCACAGUCCCAACCUCUGCAUUCUUGGGUAGCAGCUUGAAGAAGUUGAGCAGCUUUAGAUUCACCAACCCCAAGGUCUCCUCGGGAAGUUUCAAGGUUGUGGCCGAGGUUGAGGAGCAGAAGCAGACCGACAAGGACAAAUGGAGGGGUCUUGCCUUCGACACUUCCGAUGACCAACAGGACAUCACAAGAGGAAAGGGUAUGGUGGACCCCCUCUUCCAAGCUCCAACGGGAACUGGAACACACAAUGCUGUUUUGAGCUCUUACGAAUACAUUAGCACCGGACUUCGCCAGUACAACUUGGACAACAAUAUGGAUGGUUUCUAUAUUGCUCCAGCCUUCAUGGACAAGCUUGUUGUUCACAUCACAAAGAAUUUCAUGACCUUGCCUAACAUCAAGGUUCCUCUCAUCUUGGGUAUUUGGGGAGGCAAAGGUCAGGGGAAAUCUUUCCAGUGUGAGCUUGUCUUUGCCAAGAUGGGAAUCAACCCCAUCAUGAUGAGUGCUGGAGAGUUGGAAAGCGGCAAUGCAGGAGAGCCUGCAAAGCUGAUCAGACAAAGGUAUCGUGAAGCAGCCGAUAUAAUCAGGAAGGGAAAGAUGUGCUGCCUCUUCAUCAAUGAUCUUGAUGCUGGAGCUGGUCGGAUGGGUGGCACUACCCAAUACACAGUCAACAACCAAAUGGUUAAUGCCACCCUCAUGAACAUAGCCGAUAACCCAACAAAUGUCCAGCUUCCCGGAAUGUACAACAAGGAGGAGAAUCCCCGUGUCCCCAUCAUUGUCACCGGUAAUGACUUCUCAACAUUAUAUGCUCCCCUCAUCCGUGAUGGUCGUAUGGAGAAGUUCUACUGGGCACCCACCCGUGAAGAUCGUAUUGGUGUCUGCACUGGAAUUUUCCGAACUGACAAUGUUGCCAAAGAAGAUAUUGUCACACUUGUCGACGCUUUCCCUGGCCAAUCCAUUGAUUUCUUUGGUGCCUUGAGGGCAAGAGUUUAUGAUGAUGAGGUGAGGAACUGGAUUUCAGGCGUUGGAGUUGAGGGCAUUGGGAAGAAGCUUGUGAACUCAAAGGAAGGACCUCCAACUUUCGAGCAGCCCAAGAUGACCCUCGAGAAGCUCCUCGAGUAUGGAAACAUGCUUGUCCAAGAGCAGGAAAAUGUAAAGAGAGUCCAAUUGGCUGACAAGUACUUGAGCGAAGCCGCACUUGGAGAAGCUAAUGAGGAUUCUAUCAACAGAGGAACUUUCUAUGGCAAAGCAGCCCAGCAAGUGAAUGUUCCAGUCCCUGAAGGUUGCACUGAUCCAAAUGCUACAAACUAUAAUCCAACAGCUAGGAGUGAUGAUGGAAGCUGCCUUUAUACAGUUUAGGCCUUUUUUAGGGCUUAACAUGAAGGAAAAGUGUUUCCUAAGGAUGUCAAAAGAAAAAAAUCAAUUAGAUUGUUACUCUCUGUUAUCAUGGAUUAGUGUCCUGUGAUUUUGUGUUAUAAUGUACACUGAGUUAAUUCUUACAACUAGAUUGUUACAA